ACCAGAAACCUGGAAAAUAAAACACGAGGAACCAGAAACCUGGAGAAUAAAACAGGAGGAACCAGAAACCUGGAAAAUAAAACAGGAGGAACCAGAACCUGGAAAAUAAAACAGGAGGAACCAGAAACCUGGAAAAUAAAACAGGAGGAACCAGAAACCUGGAGAAUAAAACAAGAGGAACCAGAAACCUGGAGAAUAAAACAAGAGGAACCAGAAACCUGGAGAAUAAAACAAGAGGAACCAGAAACCUGGAGAAUAAAACACGAGGAACCAGAAACCUGGAGAAUAACACACGAGGAACAAGGAGAGCUGAUUGAAGAAAAAGAGGAGAAUGAAAAAUCAAGUGAAGUUGAGGAGAAAAAUCAUGUCGAAGCUGGAGAAAAACAUUUGAGUUGCUCUCAAGCCAAACAGAAAGAUUUAAAGAAAAGAGGAGCCAAUACAUCUUUCACCUGCACUCGGUGUGGAAAGAGUUUCACAUGCAAAACAAGUCUUGAGCGUCACAUGAGAAUUCAUACUGGAGAGAAACCAUUCACUUGUGAUCAGUGCGGGAAGAGUUUCACACAAUCAGCAAACCUUAAGGUACACAUGAACAUCCACACUAGAGAGAGGCAGCACGCAUGUGAUCAGUGCGGUAAAAUGUAUUUAUGGGCUGCAGGUCUGAAGAAACACUUUUUGAAAGUACAUAAAACACAUACUGGUGUGGGAGAAUGCAUGAGCUGUAAGUGUGAAAAGACUUUUACUUCAGCAACCUGUUUAAAACCGCAUGAAAGGAUGCAAACUGGAGAGAAACCUUAUGUGUUCACACUGUGUCCACACUGUGACAAAAGAUUUAUUAAGUCAGGAGACCUGAAAAUACAUGAGAGGAUCCACACUGGAGAGAAACCUUAUAAGUGUUCACACUGCAACAAGAGAUUCAAUAAGUCAGGAGACCUGAAAAUACAUGAGAGGAUACACACUGGAGAGAAACCUUUUAAGUGUUCACACUGCAGCAAGAGAUUCAAUAAGUCAGGAGAUGUUAAAAUACAUGAGAGGAUCCACACUGGAGAGAAACCUUAUACGUGUUCACAUUGCAACAAGAGAUUCAGUCAGUCAGUACAUCUGAAAACACAUGAGAUGAUCCACACUGGAGAGAAACCUUAUAAGUGUUCACACUGUGAUGAGAGAUUCAGUCAGUCAUCAAAUCUGAAAAGACACGAGAGGAUCCACGCUGGAGAGAAACCGUAUCAGAACAAAAGUAGAACAAAAGUAGUAGAACAAAAGAAGCAGAAGUACCCCUAAGUAGAUCAUCUUCAGAUCCAGCACUUUCAGAUCUGAUGCUGCCUCCUCACCAAAUCUGAAACAAUAAUGCAUCAAGCAGUAAAAUAUCAUCUGGAUAAAUCUGUCCUAACCAGUCAUUACAUGUGACAUGACAAAGAAACCUUACCUAAAGUUUUCACUGUGAAUAAAGUUCAACUUCAUCUUCAAAACCAGCAGAUUCAAUUGUGAGAUUCAGUUCAACUCAAAGAUAGAGAUCCUCCCCAUAGAACAAUGGCAAAAUUUAUGAAAAAAGUAUAAAUGAUAUCAUUGUGUUUUCUUAUGGGUUUUCAUGUUAUGUUCAGUUGUCUUAAAAUGCAUAUGUAUCACUUGUAGUUUGCUUAUUCUUUCAUCAAGGAAAGUAGAUGGUUUUUACAAACUGAUCUUGUUCAGGACACUUUUAAGAGAGACUGAGAUUUAAUUUGAAUUUGUUCUUCAUUGUUGUUUUUAAAAUAACGGAGUUAUUCUUCCGCUUAAGAUGUAUUUAGGAAAUGCAGCUUUGCAACUGAUUCUUUUUUGCUUCUCUUGUAAGUAGGAAUGGAUACUUGAACCCGCUAUUAAAUGAGCCCUGUGGCUGAAUUACGAAAAACUGUUGUAUCGAUAAGCUCUGAUGUUAACUGUUCUGCAUUUGGUGCUGGGGAAAUUAAGGAAAUACACUUACAAUUUAUUAUUGGUACAUGAAUACUAUCAAGCUAACUGUAUCUUGCCAACUCUUUCUACAUGCGAUAAUAUCAAGACAUUUGUCCGUGAUGUCUUUUCGUUAUUUGCAAUCUAUAAGCGAGAUAUACUCUCUUUUACUUCAGGGCUGUGGAUGUGUGAGGUAAAGUGGUAUAUUAGAGAAAAUCUGAGGUCUUUAUGUCCGCCACGUGUAUGUGUCCACAUGUUUGUAGUAAUCCAUUAUUAUGAGUUUGCACCACUGAUCUAUAACAGAAAACUGGAUUGCUCACUGUAAAAGUAAAGCCACUGUGCCACCAUAUUGCUAUUCCCGAGAAUUAUAUUUUAUACCCCAUCCCCUUGGCCCUUGAAUCAGAGUGAGAAAAAGUUUAACGAUUUCUAUUUAUUGGGGGACUAGCCCCCCUCAAUGUCUAUGGUGGUUACAGCUCUGAUCAGACAUGAAAAUAUGUUGUGGCACUAUUGUGCAGUCAGUAAUGUUAAUGGCUUAAUGUUAGCAAACCUUAGCGAUUUCUUUUAUUUUUUUGCAAACAUUCCUUUGAAUAACAUGACCAUAAUAUGAACACAUGAUUGAAUGUUAACAUAAAACAAAUGAUUACUUUUCAUUAAAAUCUUUAUUAACGCCAAUAAUU